UUGAACGAAUGAAGGAACAAGUGAAAAUGGAAAAAUUACUACUUCUCAAGGAACAAACGAAAAGUAUUUCUUUACGAAUGAUCGAUCAGGCAUGUCAGACGUCUAAGGAAUCACUUAAAAUAAGUUCAACUCCGAUUAGUUCAUGUUCCAAUACUCAACUUGUAACUUCAGAGAAACAAUCGGGAGUGGACUUAUUUUUUCAAAUGUCAAGAGAAGUUCACCGACCAAAGAGCCUCUAUGAUCUGGAAGAAACAACAACAGAUGGAAACAUGAUACGGGAUCUAUUUUUCAAAUGUCCCAAUUUCACGGACAGUGAAUUGCUGGCGACAUUUUACCAAUAGCGUAAAAAAUAUAUUUUUUU